CACUCGACCCAAUCGAGUUAAUCGUGACAGUGGAACAACUUACUGACUUAUUUUUUUACUGAGAGAUGAGAGUCGCUGGGCUAUACGUAUUUAUUUUUGUGGUGUUGGUGAGCUGCGAACCCGCUCCCAAGUUGGAUCCGGCUGAGCAACCGGAACAAGGACAAGAGGAAAAUGAGCAGCUUGAACAAGUGACCAAUUCAACUGACGCUGAUGCUGAAGAGAUACCAGAUGAACUGAAGAUCGACGAUUUACCUGGGCCGCUAAUUAUCUUGGAGUACGCAAAUGAAAAUUCGACGGAUGAGAAAUCUAAACGCACGAUCGACAACAAUCUCGGCUAUGGUUAUCUGAAAAAUAACCUGUUUAGCGGGAAGUAUAAUUAUUAUUAUCCAAAUGGAAAGACAGGAACAACAGUCAGCAUUGAGGAAUCGAUAACGCCGUUUGAGCCAAAAACAAUUAUCGAAUCUGAUAAACCCGUUGCGCAAAAGCUCGAGGCUGAUUGGACGGCAAACUUUCCCGCUGGCCAACAAGUUUUUGGACAACGGACUAAAUUACGGAAAUUCAACCCAUCAGAUUACUCACAUCAACAAUCAUACUCGACGACUGCGAGACCCAACGUCGCUUACACGACAAUAAGACCUGAGUACAAUCAAAAUGCUUACACUACACCUAAGCCGAUUUUUCAAAACUCGUACUCAAGCUACUCGACGACACCGACUUACAACCCUGAGUACGUUGGUGGCUUACAUGCACCUGGAUCAUUUGAAACCGUUACCACAGUAAGCCCUCCUCUGUCCAGCGAUCCCACCAUAUUCAAUCUUCCUCGUUUUACUGUCGAGAACGGAGUCCGCUACGAGAACAAAAUAAUCUGGAAGUAUCCCGACGGCAGGGUCGUCGAGCCGCCAAUGUCCUUCAUAAAUUCUUAUUCUGAGUACGCUGAGCCGCAAAGGACAAAAGUAAAUCAUCAGAACGGUUACUCGAAUGUUGCCCACGAGUACCGCGAGCAUAACACAGGAUUUAGAAACCCAAAUGGGCAUCAAGGCGCGAGUAACAUCCACGCCGAACGCAACAAGAAUAUCAACAGCAACAACAACAUUUAUUCACAACGUCCGGCGACAUUUCCAAAUGACCAAGAUUCGCUUUCACAACGUCCAGGCGCUCAAUCUCAGUCACAAGCCUUCAAUUUGUCUUAUCAAAAUAAUUACAGCUACAGACGUGGUAAUGGCAAUACUAAUAACAAUAAUAAUAAUAAUAAUAAAGAGAGGUAUGAACAAAGACCCUAUUCAAAAUACGCAGUGGACAGUUCUAACCCGGAAUACACUCCAGCACCAAAUAAUUUGCCAAUGCGGACCACUGAAUCUCCACCAAUAUUAACCCAAGGCGGUCAGUUAUCUUCACAAGUACUUAACAAAUACAAGCCACAAGUCCAGCAAUACUUGUCGAAAUUAUUCACCGGGUCCAAGAACAAGCCCUACAACUCGGCGAACUUCAUAGAAAACAACUACGAGCAACUAUUAAACUACAACCCCUCUAUUUCUCAGUAUGUAAAAGAUCCAUCAUCGAUUCUGCAAGCUUACCCGACCUUCAUCCAAUCAGGAAAAUCUCUAGUACCGGUUAUUAUUCUCCGAGUAGACGGAGUGCGUCCAGUAGAACAACAAACUCCGAACAUAAACCUAAAAUCACUUCUUCAGCAGUAUCUUACUCAGUAUACAUCCAAGCCCAGUCACGAACCUAGCCAAGAGUUCCGACCCAGUCCAGUUGAUGAUCUAACGUAUUUGACUGAAGCACUAAAACGCUUCUCACCCAAUACUCAAGAGCAGCCAAGCCGCCUUGCCAAUUAUCCGCUCGAGUACGAUUCAAACGUCUACAAUCACAAAUCCAGUUACGAUACCAUCAAUUCGGAAACCAGCCUCGAUAAUCAGCGGUAUAAAUUAACGAAAAAAAACGGGCAGAAAGUCAAAAGCGUCCAGAUAAUAGAUGGCCCCCACUAUCCAAAUUGAGAUGACAACUCUCACUCACUAUUAAAAUGUAACAAUUAGCACAAAAUUUUUAACAAUCGAUUUAUAAAAUUGUAUUUCUUUUAGGUCUAGGGUUCUCAGGUCAUUAUUAUUAUUAUUAUUAUUUUCUCAAUUGGUUACGAAAUAGUUACCCAGAUAACAGAAGGACGUCUUGAUGAGUUCUGAAUGAGUUCCUAUUUAUGAUUUAGACUGGAAGUUUUAAGAAAUUCUCAAGAUUUCGAAUAAAUCACCUAGAGAACUCAAUAAGACGUCUUUAAAAAGAAUUAUUUUUUCUGACUUCUCAAAUAAGACUUCAGUAUGAAUUUAUCAUGACAUCUUAAGGAGCUCCUAAUUUUGACUUCAUAAAGAAUAAAUUUAGACGUCCCAAUAUAUACAGAGUCUUGAAGACCUCUUAAUUAAAAAGUUCUUAAAAAUGACACCUUAAAGAAGUCAUUAUAAAACUUCUUGAAGACGCCUUCAAAAAGACGUCGUAAAGCUGUAAUUCCGACUUGAAUGCUGUCUGGGUAAAUAAGUGCCAUCAAGUGACGUAUAGUUGGCUCUAAUUAUGCCCAUUACUUAAAAAUAUAAAUCUUAGUUAUCUCUUAGUCUUUAAAAACGGGUAUGUGCAAUAAAUGAAUGUUUUAUAAUUAAAUCUGUCAAUAAAUUAUAAAAUAAAGAUUUGCGUAACCAAAUCUUGACAC